AUGUCCACUACUGAGGAUCGCCAAGUUUUACCCAAAAAUGUGAGGCCAACUCAUUAUGAUAUAACUUUAACCCCAGAUUUAAAGAAAUUUGAAUUCACCGGGUUUGAAACUAUCAACCUAGAUAUUAAAGAAGACACCAAAGUUAUAACACUUAAUGUCAGAGAAAUUGAAGUUAAAUCUGCGAAGCUCGGAAAAUUGAACGGUGAAGGUCACGAUGCUGUUUCGAUUGAACAUGAUAAUAAAAAAUACACAGUCAAACUAACAUUUCCAGAAGAAUAUCCUGCCGGUUGCAAAGUCAAGUUGUACUUAGAAUUCACUGGAAUUUUGAAUGAUAAAAUGGUUGGCUUUUAUCGAAGUUCUUACGAAGAGAAUGGAGAGAAAAAAUAUAUUGCAACAACACAAUUUGAAGCAACGGAUGCCCGUCGUGCCUUCCCUUGUUGGGAUGAACCAGCGAUUAAAGCAACCUUUGAUAUUACAUUGAUUGUACCAUCUGACUUGGUGGCUUUGGGUAAUAUGAAUGUGAUUUCCGAGAAAUCACUGGGAAAUGAUAAAAGGGAAGUCAAAUUUGCCACGACUCCUAUUAUGAGUACUUAUUUGAUUGCAUUCAUUGUUGGUGACUUGGCUUAUGUUGAAGAAACAACAUCUGGAGUUCAAAAUGGAGGAAAACCUGUAUUAGUUCGAGUUUAUACACUAAAGGGCAAUGAAGAAACUGGUCGAUUUGCUUUAAGUGUUGCAGUAGAUUGUUUGGAAUACUUUGCCGGAGUUUUCGGAAUUCCUUAUCCCCUCCCCAAAUGUGAUAUGGUCGCCAUACCCGACUUUGAAGCUGGUGCUAUGGAAAAUUGGGGUCUUAUAACUUAUCGCACAACCGCAGUUUUGUUUGAUCCUAAGGCUUCCGACGCUAGAUUUAAGCAGCGUAUUGCAUAUACUGUAUGUCAUGAAUUGGCACAUCAGUGGUUUGGAAAUCUUGUGACCAUGGAAUGGUGGGAUCAUUUAUGGCUUAACGAAGGUUUUGCUACUUGGGUGGGAUAUCUCGCAGUUGAAAAGAUUUUUCCUGACUGGGAUAUUUGGACUCAGUUUGUCUCAGAAGGUUUUCAACGAGGACUUAAACUUGAUUCUCUUAAAUCAUCUCAUCAAAUUGAAGUGCCUGUAAAUGAUCCUAGUGAAAUCAGUCAGAUAUUUGAUGCCAUCAGUUAUUAUAAAGGAGCAUCUGUUAUACGCAUGUUAAGCAAUUAUCUCGGUGAAAAUGUUUUCUUAGCAGGUGUGAGACGAUAUCUUAAAAAACAUGAAUAUGGAAAUGCGAGUACAAAUGAUUUAUGGGAUUCUUUAGCCCAAGAAAGUGGAAGAGAUAUUAGUGAAUUUAUAUCAGUAUGGACUAGAAAAUAUCCGGUUUUAACUGUUACAGAACCGAGUCCCGAUACAUUGAAUAUUUCUCAAUCUCGUUUCCUUUCUACCGGAGUAAUUGAUCCGGAAGAAGAUAUUACAACUUGGUGGGUUCCACUCAGCAUAGAUGUUGGAUCAGGAGAUUAUAAAGAUUUUAGAGAUGUCGUUCUAACGCAAAAAGAAAAAUCCUUGAAAUUACCACCACGUCAAGAAGAUUUCUAUCAACUUAAUUCACGUAAAACUGGGGUCUAUAGAGUAAAUUACAUUCCGGAACGUUUGGCAAAAUUGGGUCAAGCAGUGAAGAAGGGUAUGUUAGAAACAAGUGAUCGCGUAGGAUUAGUUGCUGAUGCAGGAGCUUUAGCCACAAGUGGUCACGGAAAGACAAGUGGAUUAUUGAAUCUUAUUAAAGAAUUUGACAAAGAAGAUCAAUACAUCGUAUGGAUGGAAAUUAGCAACUGCUUGAGUGAUUUGACAUCUGUUUGGUUUGAGCAGCCCGAUUACCAGGGUCUUUUAGCUUUCCAAUGUGAUUUGCUUUCUGAAUUAGUCCGUAAAUUGGGUUGGGAAUAUUCGGAUGAUGAUGAUUACUUGACUACUAUGUUGAGGACAUUAGUCAUUAAAAUUGCAGGUAAAGCCGGAGAUAAGGACGUUGUCAAUGAAUCACAUCGUAGGUUUAAAUUAUUUAUAAAAGGUGAUGAAUCCGCUUUACAUCCAAACAUCCGUGGAGCCGUUUAUGAGAUAGUAUUGAUUCAUGGUGGAGGCGAAGAAGAAUUUGAGGCCAUAUUGAACCUUUAUAAAACCGGCAAGAUUGCAGAUCAAAGGAUUAUAAUAUUAUCUGCACUAGGGCAUGCACAACAGGAAAAUCUGAUCCAAAGAGCUUUGAAUUUGUCGAUAUCUGAAGAUGUUAAAAGUCAAGACAUUAUUUAUUCUUUUAUGGGAUUGAAAAAUAAUCGUAAAUCGCGUAGACAUUUGUGGAAUUUCAUAAAGCAAAAUUGGGAUUUGAUUCAACAACGAUAUAUCCAUUCUUUACAACUUUUUGGAUUAAUCAUUAAAUCUGUGGACGCAUUUUCAACUCUUGAUGACAUUCGAGACAUUGAAGAAUUCUUUAAGGAUAAGAAUAUAAAAGAAAUUGAGAGACCAUUGCAACAAAGUUUGGAAAACAUUCGUGUUCGUGCCGCAUGGUUAUCGCGUGAUAAAAAGGAUGUGGAAGAUUGCGUAAUGAACGCUACUAUUUCAAUAAAAGAAAUAUUCUCUGUUAACUUGGCAAUGAUGUUGACAGGCACGUUUCAAUAG